AUCGAUUGUUUUGAGGAAGACUCGUGUUUCGAGUGGUUUUUCUUCAAGAAACAGGGUCUUAAAACCAUUAUUAUAUUACAUUAUGCAGGUUUCUGUGAUGAGCUCGAUCGAUACCACCCAUGAAGACAUGAUUCAUGAUGCCCAGAUGGACUAUUAUGGUCGUAAACUUGCAACUUGCUCGUCAGAUCGCAGUGUCAGGGUUUUUGAAGUGAAUGGUAACACACAGACUCAUGUUGCUACUUUACGAGGCCAUGACGGUCCAGUUUGGCAGGUUUCCUGGGCUCAUCCAAUGUUUGGUGGUCUACUGGCUUCCUGUUCCUAUGACAGAAAGGUAAUUAUCUGGAAAGAAAACAGUAAUGGAUGGAUGAAGUUGCAAGAAUUUAUCAACCACGAUUCAUCAGUGAAUUCUCUUUGCUGGGCUCCCGAAGCCUAUGGAUUGAUGCUGGCUUGUGGCUCCUCAGAUGGAAGUGUUUCAAUCAUAUCAAGUGAAGGUGACGGACACUGGCAGGUAAAAAAGAUCAACAAUGCACACACAAUUGGAUGUAAUGCUGUCAGUUGGGCGCCUUCGACGCAUCCUGGGUCCCUUUUUAAUAUUGCUGAUGAACCGAAGCGUGGCGAAAUAGAGAAACGAUUAGUGACUGGAGGCUGCGAUAAUUUGGUAAAAAUAUGGAAGAUGAGUGCAACUGAUGGCCAGUGGGAAGAGGAAGAGAAGCUGGAAGCACAUAGCGAUUGGGUGUGUGAUGUGGCCUGGGCGCCAAAUAUUGGAUUGCCUACAAGUAAAAUUGCCAGUUGUUCCCAGGAGAUGCUUUAGACGAAUUUCUUGUCGAAGAUAGUCAUAUUCAAGACGAUGGUGUAAUCUUAAGUGUAGUUGAUGAUUUUACAAUUCUUGAGUUACCAAGUGGUCAAAACCUUGUCAUAAACUUUCUUAC